AUGUCGCCUAAAACUGGUACCAUUUCUGCCGCUGCAGCAACCGGAUCGGUCAUAUCAAUAACUGCAAAUCCUGCGUCGGAAUUUCCCCUGGCUCCCAUGGAGGGUCGACCAGUCAACUUUGGAGUGGUUGUGCCUGGCGUAUAUCGAAGCAGUUAUCCAAAGGCAGACGAUUAUGGCUUCUUGAAGGGCUUGGAGUUGAAGACGGUAGUUACACUGGUUAAGAGAGAUGAGAUCGACCACGAGUUCGAGUCCUUCAUCGGCGCCAAUGGCAUCCAGCAAGUUGUUUUCAACAUGAAGGGAACAAAGAAAGAGGCUAUUCCUUCAAGCACAAUGUCCUCCAUCCUCGAAGUUGUCUUGGAUCGCCGAAAUUACCCUCUUCUGGUUCAUUGCAACCACGGCAAACACCGCACCGGAUGCGUCGUCGCCGCCGUCCGCAAGCUGUCUGGCUGGAACCUCGACAGCGUCGUUGACGAAUACAAGACUUAUGCCGAACCGAAGAUCCGGGAAUGCGAUGUCGAAUACAUCACCGCACUUGCGCCUAGCUCCCUGAAUAUCAGCUCACUUCGGUCGUUCCACGGCGAAAGCUCACGAUUCACUCCGGUUCAAGUCCGGUCAUUUAUGAGGACUGUUUUAUUCACUGCCUUUGUUGCCACCAUCUGGGUGGUGUCUGGCUCUCAGAUAGUCAUCACCCGUGACAACAUAACGAGAUAA